UCGAUCCUGGUAGGGCGCGCGCCAGCCAUUGAUCAGCUGACAUCAUAUGACAGACGCCGCUCUGCCAGUAAGUGCCCUGCUCACUCUCAGCCGUGUGCCUCACUGAAUUAAUCCCCUGCCCCCAUUACCAGCAUCCAGGAAGCAAUGACAAGUGUAGGCCACAUGGAGCACGUUGCCGCCGUGCAGCGCGACUACAUAGCACAGCCGCGCCUCUGCUACAAGACCGUCACUGGCGUCAACGGUCCGCUGGUCAUUCUGGAUGAUGUCAAGUUCCCCAAGUUUGCCGAGAUCGUCAACCUCCACCUGGCGGACGGCACGGAGCGCAAGGGGCAGGUGCUGGAGGUCAGCGGUUCCAAAGCUGUGGUGCAGGUGUUUGAGGGAACGUCAGGUGUAGAUGCCAAGCACACCGUCUGUGAGUUCACCGGUGACAUCCUCAGGACCCCCGUGUCUGAGGACAUGUUGGGCCGAGUGUUCAACGGGUCUGGCAAGCCCAUUGACCAGGGCCCCUCAGUGCUGGCAGAAGACUUCCUUGACAUCCAGGGCCAGCCCAUCAACCCCUGGUCCCGCACGUACCCCGAGGAGAUGAUCCAGACUGGCAUCUCCUCCAUUGAUGUCAUGAACUCCAUUGCCAGAGGGCAGAAGAUCCCUAUUUUCUCUGCUGCCGGUCUUCCCCACAACGAAAUCGCUGCCCAGAUCUGUCGUCAAGCUGGUCUGGUCAAGCUGCCCAGCAAAGGAGUGCAUGAUGACCACAAGGACAACUUUGCCAUUGUGUUCGCUGCCAUGGGUGUCAACAUGGAAACUGCCAGGUUCUUCAAGCAGGACUUUGAGGAGAACGGCUCCAUGGAGAAUGUGUGUCUCUUCCUCAACCUGGCCAAUGAUCCAACCAUCGAGCGUAUCAUCACCCCGCGCCUCGCCCUCACCACCGCUGAGUACCUUGCCUACCAGUGUGAGAAGCACGUGCUCAUCAUCCUCACUGACAUGUCUUCCUAUGCUGAGGCUCUGCGUGAGGUGUCAGCAGCCCGAGAGGAGGUGCCUGGCCGUCGUGGUUUCCCUGGUUACAUGUACACUGACUUGGCCACCAUCUAUGAGCGUGCUGGCAGAGUGGAGGGUCGUCAGGGCUCCAUCACACAGAUCCCCAUUCUUACUAUGCCUAACGAUGAUAUCACUCAUCCUAUCCCUGAUCUCACUGGCUACAUCACUGAGGGGCAGAUCUACGUGGAGCGUCAGCUACACAACCGUCAGAUCUAUCCUCCCAUCAACGUGCUGCCUUCUCUCUCCCGACUCAUGAAGUCUGCCAUCGGUGAGGGCAUGACCCGCAAGGACCAUUCGGACGUGUCCAACCAGCUGUAUGCCUGCUAUGCCAUUGCCAAGGACCUGCAGGCCAUGAAGGCUGUGGUGGGUGAAGAGGCUCUCACAGCUGAUGAUUUGCUGUACCUGGAGUUCUUGGCCAAGUUUGAGAAGUCCUUCAUCUCUCAAGGCUCGUACAUGAAGCGCACCAUCUUUGAGUCCCUGGACAUUGGGUGGCAGCUGCUGCGUAUCUUCCCCAAGGAGAUGCUGAAGCGUAUUCCGGCCUCCACGCUGGCCGAGUUCUACCCCCGAGACCGACCACAGUAAAGGGGCGGGGGAUGGUCUCCAGUAUUUUGGUGGGUUUAAAAUCAGCUGGUUGUGUGUUUUGUCCCAAGUGUCUUGUUGGUCCACAGUUGUGGUAAAACACACCCAACAACAUGUUGUGUGUGUGGAGUUGUUAUAAGAUACUCGAAGUUACAUUCAUGUGUCCUGUAGUAGGUAAUGUAGAAAAUGUAAUACUGUUGCAAUUCUAUGUAGGAUUUUAUUUCUAAAUUAUGGAGAUGAACCCUGUUGUAUUUAUACAGAGUAUAUUUUAUUUAUUUUGGAUGUUAACAGCAGAAAUAUAUAAAAUCAAUCUACAGAUAAAAGUAAUAUAGCAGUCAUGCAAUUUCUUAUGAGAUGCAGUGAAACCAGUGAAGAAAAUACCAUUUUUUGUUUAAUUUUUUAUAAACUAGGGGAAAUUCUAAGUACUUAUUACUUCAUAGAAAUAUGUCUGUACUAUGAUGAUAAUGAUGGAAGCAACCUGUUGAAGCAUAAUGUCACACACUCCCUCAGUCUUUUGUGUGUCAUGGUCAUUAUUGAACAUUGCCUCAGCAGUCACACUGAAGGCACAGGGCAGAGGGAGGAUGGCUUUGCCUGCCUGUCAUGGCAGGGAAAGCCUGUAAUGAAGAGUCCUGCAGCCUGGGCCCAGGUGUCAGUUGAUGAGGGUUCCUCCUGGUCCUGAACACCUGGUCUUCAUGUUGAUGGAACUCUUGCCUACAUUGUAGACAUAUGCUGUUGUUGCUGAGCACAAGUUGUUGUAGUUAGGUGCGGUUGUACAUAUAUUACGUGCAGUAGCUGAACAAUUGUGUGGUGAGCAUAAUGGGUUUGAGAAUCUGUGUCUACAUUAGUUUGUUGGAGGAAAUUCUUUUUGUGUACAUUCCAGGUGUUGAUGCAGCUGCAUUUAAUUGAGAGACUAUAAUUUUGUCUUGUCUGUUGUUCUGUUAAUAAUGUGUAUAAUGAACUCUCAGAUACAGUCUCUGGGUGAGUCAGUGUUCUGAACUUGUGGAAACAUUGACUCUGUGGUAUUAAUAAAGUGUAUAGUAAGUG